AUGCCACCCACCCAACCACCCCUCUCCCAAAUUCUCCCCCCUCUCAUCUGCGGCACCGCAACCUUCAACAACCUCUACAACCCCACCAUCACCUCCAUCCCCUCCAACUCCAUCAUCGCCUCCGCGCUAGCCCGCGGAAUCCGCGCCUUCGACACAUCCCCCUACUACGGGCCCUCAGAGACGCUCCUCGGAACCGCCCUCGCCGAGCCCUCCGUCCUCAAAGCGCAUCCGCGAGCAACCUACCAACUCCUCACCAAGGUCGGCCGCAUAGCGAAUGCCGAGUUCGACUACUCCCCCGCUUGGAUCCAGUACUCCGUCCGGAGGAGUCUGCAGAGGUUGCGAACGGGGUAUCUGGAUGUGGUUUACUGCCAUGAUGUGGAAUUUGUGUCUGCGGCUGAGGUCCUCGUUGCGGUGAGGGAAUUGAGGCAUAUUAGGGAUACACAGGGGACUAUUAAAUACAUCGGGAUCUCGGGGUAUCCUGUUCCUCUGCUAGCGGAGCUCGCGGAGAUGGUGUUGCGAGAGACGGGGGAGCCGCUGGAUGUCGUGAUGGGCUAUGCGAAUUUCACGCUGCAGAAUGGGACGUUGCAGAGUCGGGGACUGGAGAGGUUGCGCAGGGCGGGCGUGAGUGUUGUGCCGAAUGCGAGUCCGUUGGGUAUGGGUCUUUUGAGGAGUAAAGGUGUGCCGGUGGGUGGGAAGGGGGACUUCCAUCCUGCGCCGAGGGAGUUGAGGGAUAAGGUUUUGGAGGCGGCGAGGUUCGUGGAGACGAAGGGGGAGAAGUUGGAGGUUGUUGCUAUAAGGUGGGCUUUGGAACAGUGGGCUAUUCAGGCUGCGAUGCUUGGGGGGCAGGGAGGUAUUGGGGUUAGUGUUAUGGGAGUGAGUAAUCUUGCUGAACUUGAGGAGACGAUGAGAGUCUGGAAUAGUGUUUUGGAUGGACUGGAGGUUGUUGGGAGGAGUGCGGAAAAGGAUGAACUCCAAUGGAGUUUGGAACGAAGGAAGGAUAUUGAAGGUCUUGCUCAAGGUGUAUGGGAGAUCUUGGGGACUUGGAAAGAUUUCACUUGGGCGAGCCCGGAGGUGGGAUAUGUAAAUGAGAGGACCGUGAAGGGGGUCAUCGAGGAUUCGGAUUCUGUGGCUAAGGAUAGUAAGGUUUAG